UUUAAUUGUAAUAUUAGAUAAAUAAAUAAUUUAGAAUAGAGACGAUUGAAAUGGCGUUUAAUAUUAAUCAUCUAAAAAGAGUGAAAUGGUUUAUUAUUUUUUUAUAUAUUUGAGAAAAUUGAGUUAGUUUUGUGAAUUUUUAAUAAAUAUGUCACGAGGGUAUGGUAAAUCGUAUAAUCGUAAGGGCGGUGUUCAAACCAGUAUUCAAUUCGACACAUUAUUUAAUGAAAACAGUAAUCGUCCGUCUGCCGUACGAUCGGCAGGAACUGUUGGUAAAUGGGGAAUAACAUCAUUUACAUCAAUACGAAAUGCAAACGGUCUAGGAGUACAUCGAGAAGAUGUUCCACAAAAACGUUUACGUUUAGAUAACGAUCAAAAUAACAAAAGCAACAAUGAUCCAUUCUCGUUUGAUAAUUCAGUAGCGGCACCAGCGGUAAUUAAACCGAAAAAAUUCUUUAAAAGUCGUAAUCCAGAUCCCCCAGAGACAGGGGUCCGUAACGAUGCCGCACUUUACACACAAAAAACCGAUUUUACGUAUACCUCAACCAAGAAAACGAGAAGUAAAGAAAGCAAGGAAAGUAAAGAAAUCAAAGAGCAACCAUUACCUCCGCCGAAGAAAAUAGUUGCACCACCAAAAACCUCGCCACGUUUGAAUGCACCUAAGAAAUUUUAUAGUUCGAAAAAUUCCACGGAAAAAAUUGAAGCAAAAACUAUUAGUGUACCUGCAAUCAGUUCAAAUCGACGUGAUCACGAUUCUCAUAAACCACCAAUUGUGUUACGAAUAUCAAAAGGGAAAUCACGAUUACUUAGCGAUUCAGAUGAAUCAACGGAAUGUACACCAAGCCCAACAAUUGUUAGUGUUGGUUUAACAUCACCCAGUUCAAAAUCAGAGAAAUCCGAAAAAUCAGAGAAAUCUGAAUCGAGUUCGAAGUCACCAGCCCAUGGACGUGUGACCCGUUCGUCACGUCGUAAUCAACAAUCUGAUCCAGAGAGUGCUGGGUUGUCAGAUUCAAAUGAUCCAUUCCCGUCGUUAUUUAUGUCACCACGAAAGAGUUUAGACUCGGAACCACAAUAUAUACCUGCCGAAGAAUAUGAGUUGGAACGAAAAGCUAUUUAUGAGAAUUUAUUAGGAGCUGGUUCACCGACAUAUACACCAAUACCAACUGUUGCAAAAAGUGAAGAACCUGAAGAAUCACUUGAAGAAGCUGCGCCAGCGGUUAAUUUACCUAAAACCGAUGUUAAUUGUAAUUCUCAACAAAAUAAUAAUACAGAUUUAGAAGAAAAACCGAAAGAGGUAGAAGAUAAAAGUGCUAUAACCGAAGAAGAAACCAUAAAAACAAUGGAAAUAGCUGAAGAAUUAUUAGCAAGUACAAAUAUUGAUUUGGAAGCAAUAUCACCUGAAAAAAUAUUAGAGAAAAUACCAAAGAAAAGUAGUUUUGAACAAGAUUGGACAUCGGAUAGUGAAAGUGAUGACACACCUAGUGAAUCCUUACAGGAUACCGCAUCACAGAACACAGAAACAAAUAUAUCCAGUCAAACUGAAACGGAAACGAAACAAGAAGAGGAAAAACCACCAGACGAACAACAAGAAAAAGUACCCCCCGUUAAAUUAGUUAUAUCGAAAAAGAAAGGUAGCAUAUUUAAGAGUCGAUCGUUAGUAUCGGGUGGUACGAAAAAACGGCACGCAUUAUACAAACAUAAAUGGUGUGAUGACAAAGAUGCACAAUCGAAAACUUCAACAGGAAGUGAUUCAAAAACACCGGAAAGUAAUGUUUAUGAAGAAAUGGACUUUGAAACAACACAAUUAACACGAGUUACACAUUGGCCUGGUGAAAAUGCUGAUCCUAUGGAUGAGGCUGAAGCUAUUACUAGUAUUAAAUGUACUAAGAAAGCUAAAGGAUUUUACACGGUUGUACGUAAUGUGAAAAAAGCGCAUCAAAUACAAGAAAUUGGUGAAUUUCAAGAGUUCAAUGACGACGUGGAUUAUAUAUUAGAUGCUUUACAAGAUAAUAAUCCAGUUAGUACACGAUGUUUAUCAGCCAUCACAUUAGCAACGAAAUGUAUGACACCUGCAUUUAGGAUGCAUGUACGUGCCCACGGUACUGUUGCCAAAUUCUUUAAGGCAUUACAUGAUUCUGCAAGUGAUCAGAGUUUAGGAUUAUGUACAGCCACUGUUAUGUUUGUAUUAUCACAAGAUCGUCUAAAUAUGGAUUUAGAUCGUGAUUGUUUAGAAUUAAUGUUGAAUCUCUUAGAGUCCGAUGUAAGUCAUAAAAACGCAUUGGAUGAUUGUGGUCUAAGUACAUCACAAUUAGAUAAGAACAAACAGAAAGUACGUGAAAUAUGUGCUGAUAUUAAGAGUCAAGGGCAUGCGUUACAUUUAAAUUUGGAUAAUAUUACUGUGGGUCAACUAGCCAUGGAAACAUUGUUAAGUUUAACAUCGAAACGUGCUGGUGAAUGGUUUAAAGAGGAAUUACGUGAGCUUGGUGGUUUAGAACAUAUUGUUAAAACAAUAUGUGAAUGUUGUCGACAAUUAUCUGAUUAUGUUGGAACGUGGACUGAUCCAUUAUUGGAUAAAUUACGUAAAGUUGAUCGAUGUAUGCGAGUAUUAGAAAAUGUAACGCAUGUAAAUGAAGAGAAUCAAAUAUAUAUAUUGAAAUAUAAUAAUGGUGCCGUUUUAGACACACUUGUUAAAUUAUAUAGAUUAUGUGAUGCUGAAAUACCUUUGUAUCCAGUUACUGAUAUACAAGAUAAAGAAGCAACUGGUACUAUAAUACGUGAAGCAUUACUUGUUACACUCAAAGUUUUAAUUAAUUUAACACAUCAUUUUAAUUCUAAUUCUAUGGGCAGUUCGUUGCUUGGAAGUCGACAAGGUAUUGUUGAUGCAAGUUUACAUUUAUUAUUACAAGUUCCAAAUUAUAUUCCAGAACAAAAGAAAUUUGAACUUAGUGUUUUGGUUUUAAUGUUAUUAAUAAAUUUAAUACAACAUUGUGACGCAAAUAAAAAAUUAUUAUUGGAAGCAAAAGCUCCAUCUGAUUUUGAAAGUAUUUUCCCCUGUGAUAAAAGUGCGAUAAAAGCAUUAAUUGAGCAGUUUUAUGCUCGUGAACAAUCAGCACGACAAGCUGAACAACGAACAAAUGCUAUAUUGGAUGGUGAAAAAGAUGCUGAAACACCUGAUACACAAUCCAAAUCUCAAGAAGAAUUUAUUGAAGAAACUGUUCAUAAAUUGUUACAAAAAGCUGGUACACAUAUGGAACAUACAAUGAUUGCAUCAUACAUUGUACUUUUACUUGGUUAUGUAAUUAUGGAUAAUGAAGAGUAUGAAAAUCAUGUUCGAUCAUCAAUACCAACGCACAAUUUUCUACCAAUGCACGAUUUACUUGUUAAAUUCUUUAAUUUUAUGAAAAUGACUGCUUCGGGUGAGGCUGUUAGUGUUUGUCACAUAAAAGCCACCGAAAAAGUAAUAAAAUAUUUAGAAAAAUGCGAUAAGAAAAUGGAAGAAAAACAACAGCAGCUUCAACAGCAACAACAAUCAACAUCGUCAUCAUCGCCAGCACAUCAUAACGAUGACACUGAUACGUCAUUGUUACAUAAUCUAAAUAUAACAAGUGAAUCAGAAGAACGACACACUAUAACUGACACGUCAUCAAUCGACUUAGAUAUGAGUAAUCUAUCAUAGCCUUCACUCAAUCAAAAUAUUUAAAUAAAAUAUUAUAAAUAAAUUAUUGAAAAAAUUACAUUUGUUUAUGUGGAGUCUGUCACAGAAUAUUUUUUAAUGUUUAUUAUAAUUCGUCUGACAUUUAUUUCACGCAGACAUCUAAUAACAUUCAAGCGAUCAUUAGUCGAAAUUUUAAACCUCUGCUAUAGUUUACAGGACACAAACGAAAAUGCUUAGUCCUUAAACUCCCAUAGGAAAUCGUAAAUAUUAGUACGGAACAUUCUUCAAGGGAGUCCAACUUACAUUUGAUAGAUUUUUUCACUACAAAUGCCUAUAUCAAUCAUAUUAACCUCAAGAGAGGCACCGCAAUCGGGUUUCUAGCAUUUAAUCCUAAACGUCCUCAGAGUCAUCUAUGAGACCAUCUGGAAAAUCUCCCUGCGAAGUUUGCUGAUGUAUAUAAAUGAAACUACAAGAAUCUGUAGCCAGAGGCGACGUAAAAGGCUCAUAGCUUCUCUGUCAACAUUACCCCCGGAAUGUCUAAAGUUUCGGACCCAAACAUUCUAUAUUUUAACUCUGUGUAGGCGAAUUAACAACCUACACGUACUUAUAUGUAAAGUUUAAAGGCUCCAUGCCUGCGAGGAAAACUAAUGCCAGAAACUUAUAAUAAUCAUUAAAAUAUUCUGUGACUAACUUCCAUACCAAAUAUUUAACAAAUAAAAAAAGCAAAAAAAAAAACACUUCCCAAAUUGUGAAUAUAGUCCAUAGUUUCUAAAAAUAAAAUAAAGUGUACAAAUUUGCUAAAAAAAUGGCAACACAAGUUUAAAAAAAAAAAUAAAAAUAUGUCCUCGCCUUCCAUUUUGUACCUAUAAGGUCUCAAAAAAAAAAAAAAAAUUACACAAAGG